GGAGGGAGUGUGGCCACCCCGAUGACACAUUGCAGCUCGUGAAGAACCCUAAGUUGUUGCAAAGAAUUAGAAAAGAAUAGAGGGAGCAGAUACACAUAGCACAACUACGGCAGGUGUCGGACAGGUGAUUCGUACAAUUCAGAAGUAGAAAGACGAGACCAGUUAGGAGGUAACCAAAUGACAAUACGCCACACAGGCCAACGUAAAACUCGUGAAACCAAUGAUACACACAGUCAUAGACAGAACAGGAAGUGACUCCACACAUCAGUACGUUAAAACAUAGGACAUUUAGAACCUUUCACACACUUCAAGAGAAGACGUUCAUAAAACCAAACUUUUAGAAAACUGAUAUCGGGGGGAAAAAAGCUUUGAGUGUCAGAAAAAAAAAAAAAACACUCGCCAACACCCAUCUUUCUCAUCUGGACUCCACUAAAGCACGACGUCCACGCACAGUCUGCCCCACCCUUGGAGUACCAGAGAAUUACACGCAUAAAGUGACACUUCAGUGAUAGGACAAGAUGUCGGACAAUGAAGAAAUCCAGACAGAUGAGGGGAACGAGGCACAGACACUGGAAGAGAGCUUGGAGGAGACACAGAGGUAAGUCAUGUAUAAAUACAUCAACCUAUAUCAAAAUAUAGGUAGAUUUUCAUUAUGUAGAACCAUUUCUCUUUACAACAUUGAUUAAAUGCAUUUUAUAAAUAUAGAUUUUGAACAGUCUUUGGUUAACUUUAUCAUCCCAGAUGUUUUAAAACUGCAUUUCCCAUGAUACAGUGCUAGCCUAAACAGAUUUCUCAAAAUACCUGGUGGGCUGUGUUUAUUCAUCAUUAGCCUCUGGUAUGAUGUAGGUUAAUAUUGGAGAGUUCUCGUUUCACAGCAACUCAGAUUUUGUUACUUGGUCAUAACUAAAAAGAUUGCACAAAAUCUCUGAUUUAUGUCAUUUAGUACAAACAACACUGUCCUAAAACGAUUCUCCACACAUCUGGUAUAUGUGCUAUCCAGCCUUGUGUAAGGAUCUUGGCCAAAUGUACUGCAAAUGCUUUCAAUCAAGCCCAAUGGUUAAUAUAUUGGAUUACAGAAUGACGGUUACACCAUCAAGCAGUCCAGGGAGAGGCUGUGACUCAAUCAUUAAGCAGAGAUGAUUAGUGGUAGUCUUAAAGGGACAGUAAUACUUAAUAGUGAAAUGUAUUAAUUUAUAUGUAAAUGCUUGGCUUUCCUACCAUGCUCUUAUUCUGAAAGUGAAGACAGAUUUAUGUGAGUAUGUGCUGAAAUAUUGCAUUCAUGUUUUAUCUAUUAAAGCCCUUAAUCAGUUUUUGUUAAAAAAAAUUAACCUGUAAAACCCUAGUUUUGGGUUAACCCUAUUCAGAGCAACAUUAACCAGAAGGCAAUUUUAGGUGGCUGCCUCAGCCCAGGGGUCAGACAGAGGUCCCUGAACCAUGAAUUUACCUGGUCCCAUUAACCACCCCAAUGGGAAGAUUGAAGAAGGGGCCCCAAACUGGUAACCUGUCUUGGACCCCCGGUGGAAAAAAAAUGCCCUAUUGAGCAAUAUGGAGAAGGUGUCCCCCGUCGCUUGCAUUACAGCUUAAAAUGAAAGAAGUUUUAUUCAGCUGAAUCCAGCACUGGGCAAAGCUCCCUGCACUGAUAUUCCACACCCCCUCCGACAUCACUGUGGCCAUGUGCUCAUCGGGAAUCCUGUGAUUGGUCGGCUUCUCCGGCUCAGCGCUCAAGCGCAUGUUCUUGGCGGUAAGGGGAGGGUUAAAAAAAAUAUAUAUACUGAGGGCAAUGGAAGAAGAUUUGUACGUCUGUUGUCAGUGUGCCGUGCGUAGUGACGACAGACACAGAAUUGACAUUGGCAGUGCCAACAAGCCCCCAGCACACAAUUACAAAUAUAUCAAACACUGCACAUCCAGAAUCAGACUACCAUGACCACUUCAAAACACUGUAAUGGUUCCCGUGGUUGGAGUAACCAUUUCAUUCUUUUCAUGGAAGGCACUAUGAUCACUCUAUGACCCCUAGACAUGGCAGGGUCUAUCCCAGGACUAUCAAACUUUCUACCGCAGAUUAGAUCACUUUAGUUCGUCUUAAUUUUCUUUAUCUCGGGCUGAUACAAUACUACUAUGAGAGUCACUGUAUUCACGGUCAUCUGAAUAGAAACCGCACUGAGCAGAAUGGUUUCCUGCUAUCUUCAAAUGGAUCUGAUUGCUGCUGAGAGGUUCAUUUGAAGAUAUCUUGAACCAAUUACAAUCAAAUUGCAACUGAACUACAACUACAUGGCAGCCGUGCUUUCCUGAAUUCACUUAAAAAGGGCGAUUGACGAGAAGCAGAUACCGGGUAUGUCUGGCUUGCAGCAACUAUAGUAUUGAUAACACGUGAGUGUUUAAUCUGAAUUCCUGUGCACUGUAAACAGUAUCCCACUAGCAGGGUUACUCCUCAGAAAAAGGGAGAAUUGAAGGUGAAUUCAAAAUGUAUUUCAAAUAUAAGGCGAAACUGGAAGCAUAGUUGAGUUAGAGAAUGUAUCCUGUUUGGUUAUUUCAACCUUAAAGUGGAACUAUGCAUAAACUGUAAAGACCCCAGACAGUGACAUUUCCGCUGGGGGUACGGUGGCCAGAGGGGGGCAGGGAAAGGUGAGCUCUCUUUACCUGAACCUGUCCCUCGUGGUGCCAGGAGCCAAUUCUGCAUGCGCAGAGGUCUACAGAGGAACUCACAAGGCCACGGGAUCCUCCAUAGAUAGAACCAAUUCCCUGCAGCCGUCACUGGUGACAUUUCUUGACGGUGGUAGCUCCGUCCAGUGUUUAGAAGCAGCAGACAUAGUUGUCCCUACAUUGGCUCAGUAUGUCUUUUAACCAAGAUAUGAGUAUUAUACGCAUAUUCUAUUGAGAUUUUAUAGAUUUAAAUUUGAAAUUCACUUUGAGUUCUCACCUUAGUGAAUAACCCCGAGAGUAUAAAAUUGUUCCAUUUAAACUUUGUAAACCGUGUUUUUCAUAAGAAUAAAUAAGAAAAUUGAUAUUUUGAUGUUGAGUUAGGAACCUUCAGUGGCUCACAUUUAUACUGCUAUGAAGUUUCUAUAAAGACUAUGGGUUCCAAGGGAGCAGCAACAUUAGAAGUAUAUCCUUUUGAUUUUACCAAGCAGUGUUAAUGGGUCACUCCAACCAACAAUCAGUGUAUUCGUCUUUACGCUGGUUUUUAAAUUGAUCAUCUCAACCAAUCCAAUGCAAACACCACAUUCCCCAUUAACUCAGCUCUAUAUAAUUUGCUAUCCGACUUCUCCUUCAAGCCUCAUGUUUAGUCUAUCGCGAAAUCCUGCCGCUUCCAUCUCAAAAACAUUGCAAGCAUCCGCCCCUACUUAACGCCAGAUGCGACUAAGGUGUUGGUCCAUUCCACUGUCCUUUCUCACCUUGACUACUGUAAUCCGCUUCUCAGUGGUCUUACGUGCUCCCAACUUGCGCCGUUACAGUCCAUAAUGAAUGCGGCGGCGAGGCUCAUCUUCCUGUCCGCCGGCACCUCCCAUGCCUCACCCAUCUGUCAGUCCCUACAUUGGCUUCCUAUAAAAUAUAGAGCUCAAUUUAAAAAUCUGGUUCUUGCUUUCAAAUGUCUAUAUAAUGCUGUUCCCACCUAUCUAUCUUCCCUUAUACACAAGUAUGUCCAGUCUAGGCCCUUACGAUCUGCUGAAGACGUACGUCUAUCUUCUGUCUGUACUCCCACCUCUGAUGCUAGCCUUCAAGAUUUCUCGAGGGCUGCACCGUUCCUGUGGAACUCACUCCCCUCCUCCGUUAGAUGCUCACCCAGUCUCCACUCCUUCAAAAAAUCAUUAAAAACCCACUUCUUCAUAAAAGCAUAUCAAUUAAACUGUUAAUAGCUCCCAACUGAUUCCUCUCUUGCAACUGUCAUUAGUCUAAUACUAUCCUUACCUUUUGUGUCAUUUUACCCCACUCCAUCUAGCAUUUAAACUCACUGAGCAGGGCCCUCAAUCCCUCUGUUACUGUGUCACUAUACCCCACUCCCUCUAACAUGUAAACUCACUGAGCAGGGUCCUUAAUCCCUCUGUUACUGUGUCACCAUACCCCACUCCCUCAACAUGUAAGCUCACUGAGCAGGGCCUCAAUCCCUCUGUUACUGUCACUAUAUCCCACUCCCUCUAACAUGUAAACUCACUGAGCAGGCCCUCAAUCCCUCUGUUACUGUGUCACUAUACCCCACUCCCUCUAACAUGUAAACUCACUGAGCAGGGCUCUCAAUCCCUCUGUUACUGUGUCACUAUACCCCACUCCCUCUAACAUGUAAACUCACUGAGCAGGGCCCUCAAUCCCUCUGUUACUGUGUCACUAUACCCCGCUCCCUCUAACAUGUAAACUCACUGAGCAGGACCCUCAAUCCCUCUGUUACUGUGUCACUAUACCCCACUCCCUCUAACAUGUAAACUCACUGAUCAGGUCCCUCAAUCCCUCUGUUACUGUGUCACUAUACCCCACUCCCUCUAACAUGUAAACUCACUGAGCAGGCCCUCAAUCCCUCUGUUACUGUGUCACUAUACCCCACUCCCUCUAACGUGUAAACUCACUGAGCAGGGCCUCCAUCCCUCUGUUACUGUGUCACUAUACCCCACUCCCUCUAACAUGUAAACUCACUGAGCAGGCCCUCGAUCCCUCUGUUACUGUGUCACUAUACCCCACUCCCUCUAACAUGUAAACUCACUGAGCAGGCCCUCAAUCCCUCUGUUACUGUGUCACUAUACCCCACUCCCUCUAACAUGUAAACUCACUGAGCAGGGCCCUCAAUACCUCUGUUACUGUGUGUCCAACUUGUCUGGUUACAACCACAUGUUUGUUCGUCCACCCAUUGUAAAGCUCUGUGGAAUUUAUUGGCGCUAUAUAAAUAAUAACAUAAUAAUAAUAAUAAUAAUAAUAAUAAUAAUAAUAGUAAUGUGUUUAUGUGGUUUGUUCUCCAAACUGGAAACUGGAAAUUGUUAUUUUUGGACAAAAUAUAAAAAAAAUUAAAUUUAAUUUUUACUUUUCAACAGUUCACAAUUUGAGGAAUAUUGUUUGUUUAGAAUCCACCCUGAAUUAGACAAUGAUACAUUUUGUUUUAUCACACAGCAUUUUCUGUUUUUGCAUUCUAUGACUGGAGGUUCAAUAAGAGCCACUUUAUCGGCAGGGCUUUGUCAGAGUGCUGGAUCCAUCUCACGUGGUCCCCAGAAACCGCUCCUGAGAACAAAAUGAGCAAUGAGUGUCUGCAGUACGGUGAAGCCCUGCUCUUCGGUGAAAGAGUCAGUUUGUGGGAGGAUCACAGGUCAACGCCUGCACUGACGAAAUACUCAUUUUACACACACACGCUGUUGAUGCUUUUUGUCAGCGGUGUUGCAGAAUGGCAGAACAGAUUUCGUUAGUUCUUUCCCAAUAGAUCACACUUAGCAAAUUGGGUUUCUUAUUUUAUGGGUAUCAGUGUAAAUAUACUCUAUUGCCAAAAAUGGCUUCCUCACACUGUUUUAAGAUUUAAAAUCAAAAUAGCCGAAAUUGAGUAAUUCUCAAAGUCGGCUGCAUUGGCCUUAGAUGUGAAAUUCUCACUUUCUAUAAUCCUAUUCAAGUAAGGACGCUAUGCUAGAUUUUACCUUAUAGCUCUAAUUAAGUUAAGGGGAACCAGUGACCUGACAUCCCUUCUCUCAAUCUGUUUUGUGUCGUUUUAGGAAGUUGGUUCACUGAGUGAAAUCUGUCUGCGAGUAGUACCCUAUCUGUCCCAAACUUUAACAUACCUCCCAACAUUUCAAAUGGACAAAAAAAAAGGACACCUCAACUUCAGGAGUUUGAUUGGGGUGUGUGGCCAGGGCGGGGCUGUUCUGAGACAUUUUAGGUGACUUACUAAUAACAAUUUUAUUGCUGUGGGGCUCUGUUAUACACUCAGACACAUUACUGGGAGUAUUAUUGCUGUGGAGCUCUGUUAUACACUCAGACACAUUACUGGGAAUAUUAUUGCUGUGGAGCUCUGUUAUACACUCAGACACAUUACUGGGAAUAUUAUUGCUGUGGAGCUCUGUUAUACACUCAGACACAUUACUGGGAGUAUUAUUGCUGUGGAGCUCUGUUAUACACCCAGACACAUUACUGGGAAUAUUAUUGCUGUGGAGCUCUGUUAUACACUCAGACACAUUACUGGGAGUAUUAUUGCUGUGGAGCUCUGUUAUACACACAGACAUUACUGGGAGUGUUAUUACUGUGGGGCUCUGUUAUACACUGAGACAUUACUGGGAGUAUUAUUGCUGUGGAGCUCUGUUAUACACUCAGACACAUUACUGUGGGGCUCUGUUAUACACUCAGGCACAUUACUGGGAGGUUUAUUACCAUGGAGCUCUGUUAUACACAUUACUGGGAGUAUUAUUGCUGUGGAGUUCUGUUAUACACCCAGACACAUUACUGGGAGUAUUAUGGCUGUGGAGCUCUGUUAUACACAUUACUGGGAGUAUUAUUGCUGUGGAGUUCUGUUAUACACUCAGACACAUUACUGGGAGUAUUAUUGCUGUGGAGCUCUGUUAUACACCCAGACACAUUACUGGGAGUAUUAUGGCUGUGGAGCUCUGUUAUACACAUUACUGGGAGUAUUAUUGCUGUGGAGUUCUGUUAUACACUCAGACACAUUACUGGGAGUAUUAUUGCUGUGGAGCUCUGUUAUACACUAAGACACAUUACUGGGAGUAUUAUUGCUGUGGAGUUCUGUUAUACACUCAGACACAUUACUGGGAGUAUUAUUGCCAUGGGGCUCUGUUAUACACUCAGACACACCAAUAAACUAGUGUUCCUAGAAAAGAGGGAAAUUAGGAUAGAAAAGGGGGACAGAUGGAUUUGGGCACAUAAUAGGGACUGUCCCUCCUAAAUACGGACACAAAAUAUUGAUAUAUUCUUUAGAGAUAUCAACUCAUUAGCAUUUUGCACCAGUUUUUGCCUUGAUAAAUGUAGUUCUAUAUGAAUUUUGAAGUGAAAAUGCUCAUAUACUGUUUGUUAAAGGACCACUAUAGGCACCCAGACCACUUCAACUUAAUGAUGUGGUCUGGGUGCCAGGUCCACCUUUCUGCUGUACACAUAGCAUUUUCAGAUAAACUGCUAUGUUCACUUUAGGGUUAAUCCAGCCUUUAGUGGCUGUCUCAUUGAUUUUCACAGUGAGAAGAUGCCAGCGUCCAUAGGAAAGCAUUGAGAUUGCAGCUCUUGCCGCGCAUGCGCAUUCAGACGAUGACGGGGAAAGGAGGAGGAGAGUAAGUGUUUAACCCCUUCCUCUCCAACCAGCCCGGCAGGAGUGGGACCCUGAGGGCACAACCUAAUCCCCGAGGCACACCUGUGAGUCCUGCAGGAACACGUGGGAACACCGUUCCCUCUGUUCCUGCAGGCACUCUGCUGCCCCCAAAUGACCUCCUCCUCCCCCCGUGUUCCUCCUGUCAUGGGGGGGGGAGCAAGAGGUGAUGGACCCCCCCCAGUUAGGCGCCUAUCUCCAUACAACAAGCGGCGAGGGAGAUGUGUGCUCUCUGCUUCCUCUCACUGCGCGCCGUUUGAUGAUGGCGGGAGACAGAAUAUGACGUCAUAUUCCAGCUCCCAGCUACAGCAUACAGCCCGCGCGGUGAGAGGAAGCAGAGAGCACACAGCUCCCUCGCCGCUUGUUGUAUGGAGAUAGGCACCCGACCCACUGGACCCCAGGGACAAGUCCACGCUAGCUCUCCAGGUAGGACAAUUUUUAAUAAAAAAAUAAUUUGUGAAUGUGUGUGUGUGUCUGUAAGUGUGUGUGUAUGUCUGUGAAUGUAUGUGUGUGUCUGUAAGUGUGUGUCUGAGUAUAUGUACGCGUAUAUAUAUAUAUAUAUAUAUAUAUAUAUAUAUAUUCACACAAGUGUAUAUAAUUUUUUUGGGGGGGUGGGAAUCUUGGGAGAGUUCCCCCACUUUAUUCCCCAGGACUUGACCCCUGCCGGCAGGGGAGAUCUCCGGAUCUCCCUGUCGGCUCAUGCAGAGCUGGCGCUAUCUGAGUUCCGGCUCUGCUCUAAGCCUCCAUGGGCCGGCGGGGAGAUCAAAGAUCUACCUCACCAGCCCACAGCAGCAUGGAGGGAGGCAGGAGAGGACCCGGGGAGCUCUAGACAGAAGCUCCACCAGGUUCCUCUCGCGAGAUCUGAGCGUUGCCGCGGCAGGCUAGAGUUCACUCUCCCUUGGACAUCAAGGAUCCUACUGGUGGAGCAAAGAACACUUUACACAAUUUCCCCAGAAAUUGUAGCUUUUCUAGUUUAUUUAUAUAGCACAUUUAAUUGCAACGUUGUUGCCCAAAGUGCCUCACAGUUAAUUAAACCAUACAUUUAUAAAAACAUUAGCAGGUGUUCAAAAGGCCCUGUCUAUGACAUCACUUGCUGCUGCAGCCUGACACAGGUCAGAGUAUUUUGGCAGUUGCCAUCUUCAAACGGUCGUAUUUUAAAAACUAUAACUCCUACAGUGAAGAGCUUUAUAUUGUGAGAAUCACAAGACCCAGACCUACAUUUUGAUGCAUAGUAUGUCUCUGAAGUAUUAAAAAUGAAGGCACAGUGGCAGUUUAGAAAUUGCACUUCAAAUUUGAGCUUUGUAGAGUGAAGUUUCAAUGAAUGUCAAUGGACAGCGUAAGUUGCAAACAAAUGGUCAUAUUGUGAAAACCAUCAGGACUACGGCUUAGCCGUUGACAUGUUUAGUGGCAGCAGGGAUAGCUGAACGUUUUGAUAUAAGAUUUGUGUAGGUGGUCCUGAAAAUAAGGGAGUGGUGGCAGUUUAGAAAUCAUGUCCUGAUUUUUCAGCUUUUGCCAGCUCCCCCUCUAGUUUUGAACAUUUUGCCAUUCAUUCCUAUGGGACCAAUUUCGCCACAAGAACGACGAUAUUCCGUGAACCAUUCGGCGAAACGUUCCACAAAGUAAUAACAAUCCAAUCGGGAACAAUCCGCAUGUUUCGGUAUAUUUCUGUCUAUGUAGUGUAAAAACUGUGGGAGGAGUUAGGGUGGUAAAUUUGGCUAUAAUAAUAAAUAAUAAUAAUAACUAGAAAAGCUACAAUUUCUGGGGAAAUUGUGUGAAGUGUUCUUGCCUGCACCAGUAGUCUGUAACUGGAGUGGGCGGAUUAACUGUUAUCAUUUAUAUAGCACAUUUAAUUGCAACGAUGUUGCACAGUUACAUUAAACCAUACAUUUAUAAAAACAUUAGCAGGUGUUCAAAAGGCCCUGUCUAUGACAUCACUUGCUGCUGCAGCAUUGACAGGUUAGAGUAUUUUGGUGGUUGCCAUCUUCAAACGGUCGUAUUUUAAAAACUAUAACUCCUACAGUGAAGAGCUUUAUAUUGUGGGAAUCACAAGACCCAGACCUACAUUUUGAUGCAUAGUAUGUCGCUGAAGUAUUAAAAAUGAAGGCACAGUCGCAGUUUAGAAAUUGCCCUUCAAGUUUGAGCUGGCUUGAGUGAAGUUUCAAUGAAUGUCAAUGGAAGGCGUGAGUUGCAAACAAAUGGUCAUAUUGUGAAAACUAUCAGGACUAUGGCUUAGCCGUUGACAUGUUUAGUGGCAGCAGGGAUAGCUGAACGUUUUGAUAUAAGAUUUGUGUAGGUGGGCCUGAAAAUAAGGGAGUGGUGGCAGUUUAGAAAUCAUGUCCCGAUUUUUCAGCUUUUGGCAGCUCCCACUCUAGCUUUGCCAUUCAUUCCUAUGGGACAAAUUGCGCCACAAAAACGACGAUAUUCCGUGAACCAUUCGGCGAAACGCUCCACAAAGUAAUAGCAAUCCGAUCGGGAACAAUCUGCACGUUUUGGUAAAUUUUGGUCUAUGUAGUGUAAAAACUGUGGGAGGAGUUAGGGUGGCAAAUUUUGCUAUAAUAAUAAGAAUAAGAAUAAUAAUAAUAAUAUAUAUGUGAGAUAACAUUAAGUGGUCUUGCUAUGCAAGAACACUUAAUAAUAAUAAUAAUAAUAAUAAUAUAUGUGAGAUAACAUUAAGUGGUCUUGCUAUGCAAGAACACUUAAUGAAAGGCACCCGAACAAGCAGUGGUUCUGCCACAGUCUGUCUGUGUGUGUCUGGUGUGUGUGUCUGGUAUGUGUCUGUCUGGUGUGUGUGUCUGGUAUGUGUCUGUCUGGUGUGUGUGUGUCUGUAUGUCGUGUCUGCCUGCCUGGUGUCUGUCUGUCUGGUGUGUCUGCCUGUCUGUCGUAUCUGUCUGUCUGGUGUGUGUCUGUCUGGUGCGUGUGUCUGUCUCUCUUUGUCUACAUGGGUAUGUUUGUAUGUGUAUCUGAAUGUUUGCCAUUAUGUGUGUCUGUGUAUCUACAUGUGUGUCUAUAUGUGUAUCUGUUUGUCUGCAUAUGUGUCUGUAUGUGUAUUUUUUUUUGCACGUGUGUCUGUAUGUGUAUCUUUUUGUCUGCAUGUGUAUCUGCAAGUGUGUCAGUGUGUUCCCCUAUGUAUCUGCAUGUGUGUCACUGUUUAUGUUUGUUUGUCCACCCACUGUAAAGCGCUCAGGAAUUUGUUGGCGCUAUAUAAAUAAUAUCAUAAUAAUAAUAAUAAUAAUAAUAAUAUCUGUAUGAGUGCCAUUCUAUGUAUGUCCAUCUGCAUGUGUGUCUACAUGUUUGUCUGUCUGUAUGUGUGUCUGUGCAUCUGUAUGUGUGUCAGUGUUUGUAUCUGUAGUAGUGUCAUUCUGUGUAUCUGAAUGUGUGUCAUUCUGUGUAUCUGUGUAUGUAUCUGUAUGUGUUAUACAAAUCAGGGGGGAGAUGCAUGUGGGGCCCCAGUGCACUUUUUGCACCGGGGCCCUGUGGUUUCUAGUUACGCCUCUGGAUCAUGCCAUUGUACAGAACACUGGUGAGACCUCACUUGGAGUAUUGUACGCAAUACUGGAGACCAUAUCUUCAGAAGGAUAUUGAUACCUUAGAGAGAGUUCAGAGAAGGACUACUAAACUGGUUCAUGGAUUGCGAGAUAAAACUUACCAGGAAAGGUUAAAGGAUCUUAACAUGUAUAGCUUGGAGGAAAGACGAGACAGGGGGGAUAUGAUAGAAACAUUUAAAUAUAUAAAGGGAAUCAACACAGUAAAGGAGGAGACUAUAUUUAAAAGAAGAAAAACUACCACAACAAGAGGACAUAGUCUUAAAUUAGAGGGACAAAGGUUUAAAAAUAAUAUCAGGAAGUAUUACUUUACUGAGAGGGUAGUGGAUGCAUGGAAUAGCCUUCCAGCUGAAGUGGUAGAGGUUAACACAGUAAAGGAGUUUAAGCAUGCGUGGGAUGGGCAUAAGGCUAUCCUAACUAUAAGAUAAGGCCAGGUACUAAUGAAAGUAUUUAGAAAAUUGGGCAGACUAGAUGGGCCGAAUGGUUCUUAUCUGCCAUCACAUUCUAUGUUUCUAUGUUUUUUAGACCAGCCUCCAUUCGCCUGUGUGCAUUUCUCAUUCAUUUUUUUUUUUAAGUGAAUGAGCGACAAUGCUGCAUGUUAAAGGGAAACGAUAGUGCCAGGAAUACAAAGUUGUUUUCCUAGCACUAUAACUCCCAAUAGUGCCCCCCUCCAUCUCAAUAAACUGCAGUAAUUACCAUUGCGGGGUUAAGGGACCUGGGACAUUGCUCUCAGACUACGUCAAUGAGAUGAAGUGUCCUGGGUGCCUAUAAUGUCCCUUUAAAGGCUGAACGUGAUGGACAAGUCUCUUUUUAGCUAGCUUCGUAACUAUGUGUGAGCAUCGGAUUGCCACAUCAAUGGUUGAUUUAAGUAAAAAUCUUUAGAAAUACACCAUUUACUAGUGCUAUAUCUUGACUGAUGCAGCCCCGAAGCAUGCGUGAAAUCUCGGCAGUAUCCCAUUGAUUUCUUAGGACAAAUGAGUGAGCAAAGGAUUCUGGGAUUUUGCAGCCACCAGGUUUGUGUUUAAAAUCCCCGAUUUAUUAUUGGUAAUAAAAGUGGAGCAACAAGGGUUGUUAUUUAACCAAAUACAAUGGGAUAACGUAUAUUAAGAAUAGGAAAAUGUAAUAGGAUUCAAAAUUGUCCUAUAGCAUUAUUUUCUCUAUAAAGUAGUAUUUUAGUUACCUCUAGAUAUACAUUGUAUUUACCAACCAGGGUUCACUAAACUGAGAAUUUAAAGUGAAUUCGAAGUGAGUUGCAGAAUUUAAGUUCCAAAUAGUUAAACUGGAAACAUUCUCUUCAGUUGUGCUUUUAUUGUGGCUACUGUGGCCUUCAAUCAGAAAUUCUUACCUUAGUACAUGGUCCUGUGUAUUGAUUGCUGUGUAUGUUAUGCAGGGCCAGUGGCCGAUCCAGGGGGGAGGGGGCAAGGGGCAAUUGCCCCCCCCAGAGAUUCUCCUCUGCCGGGUAAUGCAAGGCUGGCACCGUCCAAGUGCCGGCUGUGCAAUGUGCCUGUGGACCGGAGGGGAGAUCAGAGAUCUCCCUCCCCAGUCCACAGGCACCGUGCUGGCAGCACGGUGUGAGGAACAUAUGGGCUGUACUGGGAGUGUGUGUGAGGAACAUAGGGGCUGUACUGAGAGUGUAUGUGAGGAACAUAGGGGCUGUAUUGAGAGUGCGUGUGAGGAACAUAGGGGCUGUAUUGAGAGUGCGUGUGAGGAACAUAGGGGCUGUAUUGAGAGUGUGUGAGGAACAUAGGCUGCACUGAGAGUGUGUGUGAGGAACAUAGGGGCUGUACUGAGAGUGUGUGUGAGGAACAUAGGGGCUGUACUGAAAGUGUGUGUGUGAGGAACAUAGGGGCUGUACUGAAAGUGUGUGUGUGAGGAACAUAGGGACUGUACUGAAAAUGUGUGUGUGAGGAACAUAGGGGCUGUACUGAGAGUGUGUGAGGAACAUAGGGACUGUACUGAGAGUGUGUGGCAGGAACAUAGGCGCUGUACUGAGAGUGUGUGUGUGAGGAACAUAGGGGCUGCACUGAGAGUGUGUGUGUGUGUGUGUGAGGAACAUAGGGGCUGCACUGAGUGUGUGUGUGUGUGGGGAACAUAGGGGCUGUACUGAGAGUGUGUGUGUGAGGAACAUAGGGGCUGUACUGAGAGUGUGUGUGUGUGAGGAACAUAGGGGCUGUACUGAGAGUGUGUGUGUGAGGAACAUAGGGGCUGUACUGAGAGUGUGUGUGUGAGGAACAUAGGGGCUGUACUGAGAGUGUGUGUGAGGAACUUAGGGGCUGUACUGAGAGUGUGUGUGAGGAACAUAGGGGCUGUACUGAGAGUGUGUGUGAGGAACAUAGGGGCUGCACUGAGAGUGUGUGUGAGGAACAUAGGGGCUGUAGUGUGUAUGGAAAGAAGAGGGGCUGUAUUUACCUGUGAAUGUAUCAAUCUGUCUGGAAUUUACCUGUGAAUGUAUCUGUGAAGGAAUAACCCCAUAAUUUUCGGCUCCUUUCGCAGAAACGGAUUUAUGUUAAUUUUGUACGUUAUUUGGUUCUGUUUCCGAACAAAGACAACCCCAUUAGAAUGUGGAACGUUGAGUAUCUUGUACGAAAACCGCAACGGAACUAAUUAAUAGAAUGCCCCACUGGGUGGCUGCAAUUUAGUGCAAGCGAAAGCACGUGCUCAGGACAAUGGAUGGUGGCCAUCUUGUCUCCCAAAUGCAGGCAGCGGGACUUGGUCAUCGAGUGCCUGGAACUCAUUUCGGCCAGGCACUCCUGCAAACACCGGUCACCAGCUGAGUUUGAGGAUUUCCCAUUUUGUGCUAAAAUUUUCUGUAGUUGGUUCCAGUUUAGUGAAUUUUUUGUCUGUUUAAUACAAUGAAUAAGGAGAAUAUUUGAUAGAGUCCUAACCUCAACAUUUGAGGAAAGGGAUUUAGGGGUGAUUAUUUCUGAUGAAUUAAAGGUAGGCAGACAAUGUAAUAGAGCAGCAGGAAAUGCUAGCAGAAUGCUUGGUUGUAUAGGGAGAGGUAUUAGCAGUAGAAAGAGGGAAGUGCUCAUGCCAUUGUACAGAACACUGGUGAGACCUCACUUGGAGUAUUGUACACAGUACUGGAGACCGUAUCUUCAGAAGGAUAUUGAUACCUUAGAGAGGGUUCAGAGAAGGGCUACUAAACUGGUUCAUGGAUUGCGGGAUAAAACUUACCAGGAAAGGUUAAAGGAUCUUAACAUGUAUAGUGUAGCGGAUCGGCAGUAUUAAAUCCACGAAUUCCACUGGUUCAGGAAGUAAUCCACAGUCAAGUGCUGAAAAGCAAGGCAAUAUCCCAAGGUCUUUAUUUGCAUCUCCACAAUUUAUACAAUUCCCCAUGCAAGGGGUUUCCUGAGUUCCAUCCCAGGGGCAUUCCCAGAGUGGACUACAUGGGGAACUUACAUUACAGAGCCUUUCUCCCAUCAGGCACUGCUGCACGAGAGGGAUCCUCCCACUAGAAUAUACCGUUAAGUGGAUUUUCCCUCCGUGCAGCAGAACCGGCAAUUUAUAUUAAAAUACACAACUUUUCGAAUAUUCAGUCUAUUUGCACGAAUGGACGUUCGGUAGAUAGCUGGGGUCUGAGCGUGUCAUUCGUGAGAUUACCGCUCAGAUCCCAGCUAAAACAACCGAACGCCGCAUGAAAAACACAUUCAUUAAAAUAUAUAUUCAAAAGACCGAUUGAAGUCUAGGGAACAUAAUACCGAACGGCCCGGAACUCCCGAACGGCCUGGAAGCUCAGCGGUGUUCACGCCGUCGAGUAGCCGUUUUUAGUACCAUGCGCUCGACGACCAAACACCGCUGAGGGAACAAAGGAUCCAAGAUGGCCGACCGCCGCAUGGUCGGUAGUCGAACGGCGGCCACCUAGGAGAGCCUCUAAUUACCGAUUGCAACAUUGUUGCAAUCGGUUAACAAGCGCCACGCGUCUCUAAGUGUGUGGGCUAUACAUGGUGGUUAUUUCGGUUCACGAACGGCCCGCAAAGGUGCCAUUCGUGAAACGAAAUAAAAUACAGCUAUCUGCAUUCGGCAGAUAGCCAAUACAGGAAACACACGGUAUUACAGCCAGCAUACAUUAUACUUAGUUAAAUGCAUAUCCCCACAGACAUACAGGCAACCCUUAAAGGCACAGUCUCUUUAUAUUGUCCAAGUGGCUAGGUUUGCCACAUAUAGCUUGUAGGAAAGACGAAACAGAGGGGAUAUGAUAGAAACAUUUAAAUACAUAAAGGGAAUCAACACAGUAAAGGAGGAGACUAUAUUUAAAAGAAGAAAAACUACCACAACAAGAGGACAUAGUCUUAAAUUAGAGGGGCAAAAGGUUUAAAAAUAAUAUCAGGAAGUAUUACUUUACUGAGAGGGUAGUGGAUGCAUGGAAUAGCCUUCAGCUGAAGUGGUAGAGGUUAACACAGUAAAGGAGUUUAAGCAUGCGUGGGAUAGGCAUAAGGCUAUCCUAACUAUAAGAUAAGGCUAGGGACUAAUGAAAGUAUUUAGAAAAUUGGGCAGACUAGAUGGGCCGAAUGGUUCUUAUCUGCCGUCACAUUCUAUGUUUCUAUGUUUCUAGAAGAAAGCUUUACAACAUGGAAGUACUAGACUGUGUACCUUUAACCCCUUAAGGACCAAACUUCUGGAAUAAAAGGGAAUCAUGACAUGUCACACGUCAUGUGUCCUUAAGGGGUUAAUCUGUAGCCUGUAAACCCCCCCCCCCCUCCGACUUGUUUUAGAACCCGCUAGCUGAUGAAUCUGGAGUUAGAAACUUUGUGAAUUGCUAUUUAUGUUCCAUCAGCCACUCGUUUCCCAAGAAUAGGAUGAGGACUGACAGUGUUUACUGCCCGUUGCGUACAGAACAGGGGGAUCUUUAGAGAUUACUUGCAGGGUUAAAUAUAGAGAGAAUUGUUGAAAAUUCCAAGCGUGUUUCAAUUUAAGGCCAAACUACCUGAACCGGAACAGCUGAAUUGGAUAAUUAUUCCACUUUGAAUACUUUUGCCUUUAAUUUUAAAUUCACUUUUAGUUAAUGGCAAUUCUCACUUAAGUAAAUAACUAUUCAUUCAGAAUGUAUAUUGGUUAAAGAACUGCAGGGUGUAUGUGAAACAUUAAUAUAUCUGUGUAUACUUAGUGUGCCAUGAGGUAUAAGCUACAUACACUAUUGUGGUAUACACGGGAGGAUGUCCUAAAAUAUUAAUAUAUCUGUGUAUACUUAGUGUGCCAUGAGGUAUAAGCUACGUACACUAUUGUGGUAUACACGGCAGGAUGUCCUAAAAUAUUAAUAUAUCUGUGUAUAUUUAGUGUGCCAUGAGGUAUAAGCUACAUACACUAUUGUGGUAUACACGGCAGGUUGUCCUAAAAUAUUAAUAUAUCUGUGUAUAUUUAGUGUGCCUUGAGGUAUAAGCUACGUACACUAUUGUGGUAUACACGGCAGGAUGUCCUAAAAUAUUAAUAUAUCUGUGUAUACUUAGUGUGCCAUGAGGUAUAAGCUACGUACACUAUUGUGGUAUACACAUCAGGAUGUCUGUGGGUGGCUUGAGAUGAAUAAACAGGACACAGAGAUACAUCUGGAUACCCCCUGCCCCCUCCCCUCCUCCCCCCGAACUGACAAUGCCACCAUUAACCCUUUUAAUAAGCAUUUUGCAAGGUAGGUAGGUAUACUGACAGAGUUAUUCACCACAGUGUGAAUUGUAGGGACUUUAAUUUAAAUUCCAACAGGGUUAGUCACUAAACAAUACAUAUAAGGAAUCAAAUCUAAUUUGUAAACCUAAGGCUAAACUACCUGAUUUGUCCAAAAUCUCCAACUCCGCUCUAAUCACAGCUCGGCUUUUUUAGUCUUCAUUUUGCUGUUCGACUUUAAAUUGCUAGUAUUCGGGGUUUCUUGAAUAACGCUGUAAAUUUUAGACUAAAAUAGCCAAAUUAAUUAAAAGGGCUAACAUGGACUUUUUUUUUUUCACUUCACCAGUUUUGAUUUCUCAACAAUUGACACUUUUGUGAAUAUACCCAUGUACGGCGCUACAUAAAUAAAUAAUAAUAAUGUACGGCUCCCAUCAUUGACCCAUUGCUUGCCUCCUGCUCUGUCUUGAAAGACGAUUUACUAAACCAUAAAUUGAAGAGAAUUGGCAAAGGAAACAAAAUGAACGAUUUAAAUUUUUUUUUUCCAAAUCAGCUAUUUUUCCAGUUUAGCUAUUUUGGCAUAAAAUUCCCUGGUAGGUUCACACAAUUCCAGAAUUAGUGUAUAACCCCAUGUGUAUGUAAUGUAUUGAUGAUCAUAAACCGUCAGAAUAAUGAGUGUAUUUACGGAGAUUUAGUAUUGUGGAUAUGAUCCGGAUAUACUUUAUAUAACAUUAUCUAUGGCAGUUUGCCAUUCCAAGACGUCGCAAUAUUUCAGAUAUUUAAAUUAUUAUUCUUCAGCUUAUAACGGAGUUUCUAAGAGUCACAGCACCCUGAUCCUAUUUAAUUCCUAUACUUAGUAACGUCUCUCUCUGAGGUAUGCAUGGAUUUUUUGGAAGGGGCAGUUUAAGGAGAUGCUGAGGCAUUGGGGACAUCUGUGUUUGGCAGUGACAGACGGUGACACAAGUGUUGGCGGCAGUGGUAACUUGCCAGCUCUGCAGAUCUGAACUUUGCGUCCUUACAAGGAGAGGGGACCAGGUGAUAGGAGGUGGAGUUAGGAGAUACUUAAAUGUUUGACUUGAUGGGUAAGAUUCUAAAAUUUCCUCCUGCGACCCAUACUCUAACUGGUUUCUAUGUUGUGGUACAGCUCAAAAAAGUCAUAAACAAGCAUAGAUUGUAAGCUCUUCGGGUUAAGGAUUCUAUUCUAAUGGAAUGUCCAUUAUUAUUAUUUUAUAACAUUCUUGUUAUCAUUUUAUUAAUCUGUUAGGGUUUUUUUUCAGUGGAAGUACAAUUAUUUCUUAAACAGAAGUCAAUAAAUGGUUCAAAGAUAAAAUUAAAAUCAAUAAAAAAAACAAAAACCUUAUUUUGGUGGUAGGGCUGUUUCUAUUUAUCUCUAAGUAACAUACAUAAAUGAUCUCACAUAAUUAAAAUGCACUGAAUGCAGCGAUUUAUCUGAGUCUGUUGAAUGUGUCACAGCCAAUAAUAAGGCCUUGAUUAAACGUGAAAAAGAAGCUGCCUUUCUGGGGAGAAUUACCCCAGGAACGGUAAAAAUAUAUCAUAUAUGUUUUUUACAGUGCUUAGAACACAGUUUGGUGUAUUUGCCCUUUUGGGAGAGGCUGGAGAAGGGGGGGGGGGGGUUCCUUUUCAGGAUUACUUUAUGUCACACACAGAGGGAUGGCCAUUUAUCAUGGACCAGUGAUGACUCAUGGGGCAUGUUAUAAAAGCCAAUGCCAUCAAACAUCACACGUCAACUUUCCUUCUAGGCAGGACAGGGUUAAGAGGGUAUUGCCGUUCUUUUCCCAAACAGAUGGUAAUGUUUAAAAAAGAAUAAGGCACUAAUACAUCACUUUUGUUCAGAGCAGCUGUCCCAAUCGACUGGGCUGGAGCAGAAUAACUAAGUAGCUUCAGUCUCUCCUCUCAAGGAAUUUCUGGGAUAUUUUGAAAAUCCCCUUCUGUUUCUCUCCCCCCACCCCAUCAGAAGAGAAAUGCUCUGGGUGUUACAAACUAAAUGAAAGAAAGCAGGUCUUUGGGAACAUUUAAAAUGUUUGGUGAUGGAUAGGUCCCCAUCUAAAGAAUUGCUCUUAUAUCUAAUAAGGUGGCCUGCUUUACCAUGUAGCCUGUUCCGAAACAACAAGUUGCCGUUGCCUUGAGAAGUAAUUUGCAAAAUGAACUUAAAAGAACAGAUGCGAUUUUUAUUUCUUCAAAUCUGUUACUUUGUUCAGUUUGGUAAAUUGGUUCCCAUGUUAAUACCAAGUGUUCGGUUAUCCCCCCCUCCCUAAGUAUGUAAACAUGCCGCGAUAGGAGGUUAUUAUAAAGUGAGCGAUCUUAGUAACUGGCGACAAUGACAUCGCUCUGUAAUCGUCACAUUCGCCACGUUAUCCUGGACACAUAUUGAACACGUUGAACUCCUUUACUUCAUUCAGCUGCUAAAGUGCUUUAGGGGUGGGUUAACCGCAUGAUACUGACGUUGUCUUAUUGUACAAAAGUGCUGAUUUCAAGAGAAAUAAACCCUCUCGGUGAUACCUCGUGAUCAUCAACCAAAGCAGACAGCUUCGCUCAAAGUGGAAGUAAGGGCUUCUAAUAGCGAUGCAUUGUUUCAGAGUUUCUCUAUGAGCAGAUCACGCCUGUUGGAACGUAUUCAGAUCAUUUUUUACAGAAGCCCAGAGAGGCAACUUAUUUUUCAGUUAGAUAAAAUAUACGCCUAUCUGAGCUUCCGUAUAUUCUUUGUAUUUUCCAGCAUGCAUUUGUUGUAUAAAUACACACAAUUUGUGUUUACCUGAUCUGUAGCCAGGAGAUUAAGUCAGGAUUGAGUCAGUUCUAGUAACUCACUUUAUGUAGCAAGUUUCACUAGUAACUGACUUUCCUGGUGAUUCUAACUUAUACUGACAUUGACUAUCAGUCAUCCGUAAUGUCUAAACCUCAUUAAUCAUAUUAUAACCACUGCCGCGUUAGUUUAAUUAACUAGCAGAACGCUUAGUGUGACAGAAAUAACUGACAUCAUAUUGUAAAGCGCUACGGCAUCUGUAUAUAAAUGGCAAUGAUAAUAAUAAUAAUAAUAAUAAUAAUAAUAAUAAUAAUAAUAAUAGUGAGUGUGAGCAUAGUUUUUGCCACAUUCAAUGUGUUUGUCCUGACACGCAUCACCCGCACAGACUGACAGACAGAACAAGAAAUGUGUUCGCUUGCAGAAUGUAGAAGCGAUUCAAACGAUAUCAAGGAAUAUUGCAGUAUGUUAAUGCUACAUACUGCUGGGAAGCACUUUUCAUGUGCUGCGAGUAACCCUGGAGAAUAUUUCCAAACCAGUUAUUUUAGCCCCUGUUUUGCAAAUCGUUAAAUUGCUAAAAUUUAUAGUGUAGUGAAUAAUCUUGUUAUUGUGACUCUUAAUGUUGUAAGUGGCAUUUUGAAUAAAUAUGUUAUGGCAAGUGCAGUCGCUAUGGAAUCUGAUGGCACUAUAUAAAUAAUAAAAUAAUAAUAGGGUUUCUGGGUGCAGUGUCAGUGUGGUAUUAUAGUGUCUGUGGGUGCAGUGUCAGUGUGGUAUUAUAGUGUGUGUGUGUAGUGUCAGUGUGGUAUUAUAGUGUGGGUGUGCAGUGUCAGUGUGGUAUUAUAGUGUUUCUGGGUGCAGUGUCAGUGUGGUAUUACAGUGUUUCUGGGUGCAGUGUCAGUGUGGUAUUAUAGUGUGUGUGUGUAGUGUCAGUGUGGUAUUAUAGUGUUUCUGGGUGCAGUGUUAGUGUGGUAUUAUAGUGAUUGUGAGUGCAGUGUCAGUGUGGUAUUAUAGUGUUUCUGGGUGCAGUGUCAGUGUGGUAUUAUAGUGAUUGUGGGUGCAGUGUCAGUGUGGUAUUAUAGUGUUUCUGGGUGCAGUGUCAGUGUGGCAUUAGAGUGUCUGUGGGUGCAGUGUCAGUGUGGUAUUAUAGUGUGUGUGUAGUGUCAGUGUGGUAUUAUAGUGUUUCUGGGUGCAGUGUCAGUGUGGUAUUAUAGUGAUUGUGUGUGCAGUGUCAGUGUGGUAUUAUAGUGUUUCUGGGUGCAGUGUCAGUGUGGCAUUAGAGUGUCUGUGGGUGCAGUGUCAGUGUGGUAUUAUAGUGUCUGUGGGUGCAGUGUCAGUGUGGUAUUAUAGUGUUUGUGGGUGCAGUGUCAGUGUGGUAUUAUAGUGUUUCUGGGUGCAAUGUCAGUGUGGUAUUACAGUGUUUCUGUGUGCAGUGUCAGUGUGGUAUUAUAGUGUUUUUGUGUGCAGUGUCAGUGUGGUAUUAUAGUGUUUCUGGGUGCAGUGUCAGUGUGGUAUUAUAGUGUUUGUGUGUGCUUUGUCAGUGUGGCAUAGUUUUUGUGUGUGCAGUGUCAGUGUGGUAUUAUGGUACCAUUUAGUUACAGUUUGACUUCUUGCCUGGGUUCACUGUGCACCUCAGAAUAUCAGAUAAGAACUCAAACCAUUAGUAAAAGGGCAGCGUUCCUUUAAUUCAACAUUUCAUAGCAUUUCCCUGACUAUACUGUCAGCCAAAACCCCCUAAUCAGUUCUAAGUCUCCAGGGAUUAGUCCAGGCGCAGCCAAAGAUGUGCUGAUGGUUGCCUACCCUGGCUCAGACACGUAAUUCUAGUAAAGUGCCAAAUUAAACUAAACGUAUAAUCGUCAGUAGUCAAGCUCAGACUAGAAGUGAGCGUCAGAAGGGUUUUCAAAUCUGCCGUUUUAGUCUAAAUUACACAAUUAAUUUUUUGAAAUUUACUACAAUCUGAUGUUUAGGGAAUAAAUCCGUAAGUAUCUCUAUGACCAUUCCAUUUAGUAAACAUUCCGUUUAUUUUUAUAACAAUGUCCUCUGAGUUUUAUAACACUAGCCUGGUUUUGAAGACCCCUUUAAUCUGCUCAUUCUGAUAUGGUGCAGAUACAACAUUUCACCACUUGGUGGAGCUCUUUGUUAAUCCGUUCUCUUCUUCCUUCGGUGCCUCAGUAGGUAGGUACCACAUGUCUGGCAUGGCAGGGGUUAAUGAUGGGUUGGGGGGGGUGGGGGGGAAGUAAGCAAGAUUCUGUCAUAGUAAGUUUAACAACAUACCAAUAGAGUUGUGGUGGGGAUAAAAACCCCUUCCACCUUAAAGGGAAUGAAUACAUAAUUAAACACAAAUCUGCACAUACCAGUCAUAAGGCUUCACUUUAACAGUGCUCUCACUACUGCAAGGGAUUCUGGGUAGGAGUUCAAGAAGCGCGUGCUGGAUCCAGUAUACGUCACAUACUGGUGGGUCGCCGCAGGGGAGCCUCACUCCAUCGGCUGACUGUCAGCCAGAAGGACAGAAUUCACUGUGUCUUCGAACACUAAUGCUGACAGCCUCAGACCAACAGCAGUUCAGGACUUUCAGAGCCAGCUUUGUACUCUCCCUUUCUUUCUAAUCCACUGGAAUAAAAUAUCCUAGAGACUGCGAGCCCGUCCUAGAGACUGCGAGCCCGUCCUAGAGACUGCGAGCUGGUCUUAUACACCGUGAGUUCGUCCUACAGAAUGUAAGUUCCUCCUAUAGACUGCGAGCCCGUCCUAGAGACUGCGAGCUGGUCUUAUACACCGUGAGUUCGUCCUACAGAAUGUAAGUUCCUCCUAUAGACUGUGAGCUGGUCCUAUAGAGCUCCUUCUAUAGACUGUAAGCUGGUCCUAUAGACUGAUCUCCUCCUAUACACUGUGAGCUCCUCCUAUACACUGUAAGCUCCUCCUAUACACUGUGAGUUUGUCCUAUAGACUGUAAGCUCCUCCUAUAGACUGUAAGCUUGUCCUAUAGACUGUAAGCUUGUCCUAUAGAGCUCCUUCUAUAGACUGUGAGCUGGUCCUACAUACUGUAAGACCCUCCUAUAGACUGUAAUCUAGUCCUAUAGACUGUGAGCUCAUCCUAUAGACUGUAAGCUCCUCCCAUAGACUGUAAACUGGUCCUAUAGACUGUAAGCUACUCAUAUAGACUGUAAGCUCCUCCUAUAGAAUGUAAGCUGGUUUGAGCAGGGUCCUCUUCAACCUAUCGUUCCUGUAAGUUUUCUUGUAAUUAUCCUAUUUAUAGUUAAAUCCCCCCUUUCAUGAUAUUGUAAAGCGCUACGGAAUAUGAUGGCGCUAUAUAAAUGGCGAUAAUAAUAAUAAUAAUAAUAAUAAUAAUAAUAAUAAUAAUAAUAAUAAUAAUAAUAAUAAUCUACAGGACUGGACUUUUAGCAGAUUCAGUGGGAACCAUCACUCCUACUAUAGGGACGUAUUGGAUCUCCAAAACAGACUGAAUUGCUUUGUUAUCAAGUAUUGUCACAUUUACUUUAUAUGUCACAUUGCGUAUUUGUAUAUACAGCAUAGAUUUUAUACUUUCUAUUUUCAUUGCACUUUUUAAAUUGUGUUAAAACAAAGUUAUUUCAGUUAGCGCUUCAGAAAAGCUGUUGUCUUUAUGAAGCUGCAUUAGACUAGCAAUAUUACGAGCUAAUGCCAUGCGGUAAAUUAGAAUUGAUUUAACCUAAACAGCGUUUUUGCAUUCCAUACGUUGAUACUAAUGUGUACGAUUAUUUGUAUUGCCUCUCGGCAAUUUCAUUUAUAUAUUAUUUUUGGGAUAAUUAUUCGCUUGGAUGAAUCGCAGAUCUGAUUUCCUUCCAGGGAAUCACAGGCAGCAUUAAAAAAGCCUUAUGUUUUAUUAGCAUUUGGGCUUAAAAUAGGGACUGCCCCUCCUAAAAUAGGGACACUUGGGAGAUAUGAAUCACCUGAAAGGUACAGGUCGUGGAUGGUGAACAAUCGGAGCCUAUGGAAUGUCAAUCACACAGGGUUCGGUACUAAAACAGUAAAGAAUUGUCAGAAAAUGAGUGUCAAUUUCACAUGGAAAUAGAAAGAAGCCACACUGGAGUUACACAUAGAUAUAUACAUUUAGGUUUUUUAAUUCAACUAUUUUGGCCUACAUUUUCUAAUUGAUUUGGAAUUCUUGCUGUAGUGAAUAGGUCUGACAUGGAGAUGAUGUGUGAUAAGAACCCCAGAAGAUAACGAUAAUUAGAUAUAAAUGAAUCAGGGCCGAUGACCUUAGGGCGUAUCUCAAGCAGAAAUCACAGCUGGACGAUCAUGUCCUAAGGAUCCAUCUACUCUGGGACAGACAGACACAUUGCUUGGAAAUCAAAGCAUAUUUUAGAAUAUGAAAAUAACAGUAAUAUCGCCUCUAGGGAAACCCUUACAUAACUCUUUAUGGUUGAUUAUUACAGCAAACAAUAUUUAUUUAUAAAAUAUUUUACCAGGAAAGAUACAUUGAGAUUUCUUUCGUUUUCAAGUAUGUCCUGGGUUCACAAACAUUGCAUUGUUACAUUAGGGUACAACAUUACAAAAAUACAAUUUACAAACUAUAGAUAUAUAUAUAGAUAUAGAUAUAUAUACACACACACACACACACACACACACACACACACACACACGAUCGGUGCAUUCUGGGCUGAGGUAUAUGGCCAUAGAUCUCUUAAAAGAUAUUAGAUUGAAUGAAGAUUUGACUGUGUCCCUGAGGUUAUUCCAUAAUUAUAGUGCGCUGUAGGAAAAGGAUAAUCGAGACACUUUAUUUUUGUAUUGCGGUAUGCUAAAUAUCGGGCUAGUACUGGAUUGGAGGUUAUAGGAGGUGGGAACAGCCAAGGAGAGCAUUGUACUCAGGUAGGGCGGGAGCUUCCCAGAAAUGCUCUUAUGCACAAGGCUGGAAAGAUGAAGGGUGCGUCGGGAUUCCAGCGACAGCCAAUAUAUUUUGUCAUUAUCUAUACAACACACAUAUAGGAAUUUAUCAAAGGGUCUUCAAGGCAUUUAAAUAUUUAAUAAUCCUGUGCCCUGAGCCAGCCUCUUCCUCUAGCAUAGAAGCAGCUAUCUUAAAUUAGCCUCCCCCCCUCCCCCCCCAGUAUGUAAAAUAAGAGACUGCCCUGUCUAUCUGUUGUAUAUCAGCUUUAUAUAGCGCUUCUGUUAGGAAAAAAACUGCUCUGAAAUGUGUUGUGUCAGCUUGUUAGUUAGGGUAGACGAUGAAUGUUUUAUAAACAAUGUAUGAUAUGGCAUAUUAAUAAUAAUAAAUCUAUUAUUCAAUUCAGAAUUUAGAAAACCCUAAAUUUACCAGUACAAACAUCUAAAUGUGUCCCUAUUUAGAAAGGAAAGUCACAAUUCUGUCUAUUAUAUCAUAAUGUCCCUCUUUUCUAGGAGCUCCAUAUUGUUGGUGUGUCUGAGUGUAUAACAGAGCUCCACAGCAAUAAUACUCCCAGUAAUGUGUCUGAGUGUAUAACAAUUGUGGCAAACCCUGCCACUAAAAUACUAACUAUUCUGUGCGAAUGAACAUUGGAAUUAUUACAAGCGAAUGGCUAAUCCACGAACGGACUAUAAUGCUAUUCAUGCGGUUCUGUAUGCGAAUGCCCUGAAACUACCGAACGAGAGACCACCCCGGGUUGGUCGUGUGUCUCCUAUUAACCAAAGAUACAAUGUUGCGAAGUGUAUUAAGUGCAAGUGUGUGUGGCUGCCAUUUCGCCUACCUAACACGUGGUGGCGGCCAUCUUACGCACGAACAGCAGUACUUGGUCGAACACCUGGAACUCAAAAUGUGUCUGAGUGUAUAACAGAGCUCCACAGUAAUAAUACUCCCAGUAAUGUGUCUGAGUGUAUAACAGAGCUCCACAUCAAUAAUACUCCCAGUAAUGUGUCUGAGUGUAUAACAGAGCUCCACAUCAAUAAUACUCCCAGUAAUGUGUCUGUGUGUAUAACAGAGCUCCACAGUAAUACUGCCAAUGUGUCUGGUUUAAAGCGCCAAUAGAGGGACCCUGUGAGGGUGGGGGCCUACAGAUGCUAUAGUGUCAGGAAAACGAGUUUGUUUUCCUGACACUAUAGUGAUCCUUUAAUAUUUUUCCAAUGCGCCCCAAGUCAAAACAAAGUUCUAGGUUGUAUGUCUGUACAGUGUAUACUGGUGGUAUAGUGUUUAAAUGAAGGGCUGCUUGUAUAUCAUUUUAGUGUUCUUAUACAGAGGUGUGUUUGUAUGUAAUGUUGGCUUUUAAAUGCUGGUGUAUAUUUGUGCGUAGUGUUUGAGUGCAGGGGUGUGUUUGUAUGUUGUGCUGAUGCUUGAUUGUAUGUACAUACACUACCACAUACAUGUAUAAUUACACAGAUAACCGAUUAUAUGUACACACACACACACACACACACACACACACACUAAGGCAAGAUACAUAUAAUUACACUGACACACAAAUUCACAUAGACACUGACACAUACACACACAUUGACACAGAAUGAAAACGAUGACAAACACACAGAUGCGCAUCUUGACACACAGAUAUGCACGCACAAACAGAUACACAACCUGACACAGAUACACAAACCAAUACACAAUCAGGGACAUGAAUACUAUAUGUAGGAAUACAGAUUUGCAUUCCUAGUGCUAUGGUGUUCCUUUACAUGACUGCACUAUUACAGGCCAUAGAAAAACUAUCUAGAUAAAUCGUGGUAUGUAGAAUAGGGUGAGACCUCUGGACCCCUCACUCCAAGAACCAUGUGAUUCACAGCCUAAGGAACCCUCUCCACAUUAAAUGAUUAUCUCCAAAUCCCAAAAACCAUCGCUCUGUGUGGCUAUGUACCACUUUCCAAGAAUUUGUUUAUUUUCCAGACCUAUGAAUGAGCUCCAAAUCUACUUCUGUAAUCUUAAACAAAAUAUAUAGUGCGUUUAGAUUUAUAAACACCACGCUGUGCGGCUCUUGUUGCUGAGUGAAAAAUGUCAAAUAGCAUAAUACACAAAGUGUACAGUAAAACCACACACCAGCCUGGCUUUCCGUGAGUCGAUUAUUUACGUUCCUUUCUGUUUAGUUAACAUGUACUAUCGCACAAAACUACAGUAGAGGAGAAACACUUGGUGCUCAUUGUCUGUCAGCUGUAAAACCACAAAUCUGGCGUUUUCUAGCAGUCUUCACUACAUUCUGCACAAUUUUAAACAGUUCCCCUAUGUGUUGAGUGUGUGCUGAGCAAUGUUAUGUGCCAUCCUGGCGAGCAAUGAUUUGUGGACUGUCUUAAAGGGAUAUUGCAAGUUAAAUGUGCUAGAAUGAAUUUAUCAAGAGCAGCACACCUGACUAAAUACACCUAUAACUCUUACAAUUUCCACUAAUUUAACCCUGGUGGGUCGAAAUUCACCCUUGGAGUGUGUAUUAUGGUGUGCAGUGACUCCCUAGUCCACAAGAAAUAUACUACUAUUUUAAUACUCCCCAUCCCAAAUCAAAACUAAUAAUCACUGUUUAGUAGAUACACCCCAAAUGAAAACAUUCAGUGAAUCAUACAUUUUUAUAUGUAAAAACAGAUUGCAAAAAUGUCUGUUCUCUUGUCUGCAGCCUUUGCAAGCCCUCCCCUUCUAACCCCACCCAUACUUUCUGUGACUGUCCAAUCACAGACCACCCAAUGCAGCUCAAUGAGAAGUCUUUGCAAGGCAGGUGCUCUGGACAAUAGCAGCAUCUUGAGUUAUCUUCAUUGAGCUAACCAAACCAGAAAGUAACUGGACCGACUGUCUCACAAUUAGAGGGUGUAACCAGGUUAAAUUAUAAAAGUGUCAGUUUCUAUUGAAAUCAGCACUUUUUGUAAAAUGUAAAAGAGGACACUCUUCACACAAAGUACGUCAGAAAAUGUAAAUGCUUAAGAGAUAUGAAGUGUCCCUUCAAGGGCAUAGUGUGCAGUAUUAAAGGGAAACAAACUUGUUUGCCUCGCACUAUAUCUUCCCCAUCUGUCAAGGGGCUCCCCCUCUCUCUCACCUCCCCGUGGUGAACUUUUGCUAGGACAAUGAGACAGGAGCCAGGCCAAUGAGACAGUGUGGACAGGAGCUAGAACAAUGAGACAGGAGCCAGGCCAAUGAGACAGUGUGGACAGGACAAUGAGACAGGCCAAUGAGACAGGAGCCAGGCCAAUGAGACAGUGUGGACAGGAGCUAGGACAAUGAGACAGGAGCCAAUCCAAUGAGACAGUGUGGACAGGAGCUAGGACAAUGAGACAGGAGCCAAUCCAAUGAGACAGUGUGGACAGGAGCCAGGCCAAUGAGACAGGAGCCAAUCCAAUGAGACAGUGUGGACAGGAGCCAGGCCAAUGAGACAGGAGCCAAUCCAAUGAGACAGUGUGGACAGGAGCCAGGCAAAUGAGACAGUGUGGACAGGAGCCAGGACAAUGAGACGAAGUGCGGACAGGAGCCCAGGCCCAGCCAGGGGGCAAGGAGCCAGGCCAAUGAGACCAGUGUGGACAGGAGCCAGGCCAAUGAGGGCAGUGCGGACAGGAGCCAGGCCAAUGAGACAGUGCGGACAGAGCCAGGACAUAUGAAGACAGGAGCCAAUCCAAUGGGGCAGUGUGGACAGGAGCCAGGCCAAUGAGACAGCUAGUCGCGGACGAACCAGGCCAGCCAGAGACAGGAGCCAGGCCAUGAGACAGUGCGGACAGAGCCAGGCCAAUGGGAACAGUGUGGACAGGAGCCCGGGUUGAGACAGAGGCAAUCCCAGCCAGAGACAGUGUGGACAGGAGCCAGGCCAGUAGAGACGGAGUGCGGACAGGAGCCAGGCCAAUGAGACAGUGCGGACAGAGGCCAGGCCAAUGAGACAGGAGCCAAUCCCAGCCAGAAGACGGUGGACAGGAGCCAGGCCAGGGCAGUGCGGGGACAGGAACCAGGCCAAUGAGACGAGGCCAGGCCAAUGAGACAGUGUGGACAGGAGCCAGGCCAAUGAGACAGUGCGGACAGGAGCCAGGCCAAUGAGACAGUGCGGACAGGAGCCAGGCCAAUGAGACAGUGUGGACAGGAGCCAGGCCAAUGAGACAGUGCGGACAGGAGCCAGGCCAAUGAGACAGUGCGGACAGGAGCCAGGCCAAUGAGACAGGAGCCAGGCCAAUGAGACAGGAGCCAGGCCAAUGAGACAGUGCGGACAGGAGCCAGGCCAAUGAGACAGGAGCCAGGCCAAUGAGACCGUGUGGACAGGAGCCAGCACCAGGGCCGGACUGGCCCACCGGGAUACCGGGAAAUUUCCCGGUGGGCCACGGCACCUGGGGGCUGCGCUGCCACAUAGGUGGCACACUGAGAGGGGGCCAGCCGCGUUCCAGACUGAAGCCGGUCCGGCAGCACUCCAGUCACUAAUGGUUGAAGGAAGACAACCCCUUCUACCAUGCUCCCUCGUGGUUCCCACAAUUCCCAGCACAGGAACCGUGAGAGAGCAUGGUAGACAGGCUCCUCCUCCUUCAGCCAUCAAUGACACCAAUGAGACAGUGUGGACAGGAGCCAGGACAAUGAGACAUGAGCCAGGACAAUGAGACAGUGUGGGCAGGAGCCAGGACAAUGAGAAAGAGUGGACAGGAGCCAGGACAAUGAGAAAGAGUGGACAGGAGCCAGGACAAUGAGAAGGUGUGGACAGGAGCCAGGACAAUGAGAAGGUGUGGACAGGAGCCAGGACAAUGAGAAGGUGUGGACAGGAGCCAGGACAAUGAGAAGGUGUGGACAGGACAAUGAGACAGAGUGGACAGGACAAUGAGACAGAGUGAACAGGACCUAGGGCAAUGAGACAGGAGACAAGAGCUAGAAAAAUGAGACAGGAGCCAGGACAAUGAGACAGUGUGGACAGGAGCUAGGACAAUGAGACAGUGUGAACAGGAGCUAGGACAAUGAGACAGUGUGGACAGGAGCUAGGACAAUGAGACAGUGUGGACAGGAGCUAGGACAAUGAGACAGUGUGGACAGGAGCUAGGACAACGAGACAGUGUGGACAGGAGCUAGGAAAAUGUGACAGGGGCCAGGACAAAGAGACAGUGUGGACAGGAGCCAGGACAAUGAGAUAAGAUGUAGUGAAGAUAAGACAAUAAGGCGAGAAGGGGGGGGGUAACAGAUACAAUGAAACCAUCCAAGAAGCAGACUGUUGCUGUGAUACAGGGACUCCCCCUGAGAUUAGGAGAGGGGGCGAGAUUCAAACAGAGACAUAUUGUCACCCCCUCCCCUUCCCCAAACACAGGGCAAGGGAGGGUCCAGCUUCCUCUUACCUCAUAUCAUCUCCCCCUGACUUCCCAGCACAAGAGGAGGGGGAGAGCAGGACUGUGAAACAAAAGGAGGGCAGCUGCUUAAACUUCCUGCAAAGUGGAAAGACAAGGAAAUCGAUAGGAGAGAAACUAGCAGGGUUUAUAAAGGGAAGGUGUGGGAGAGGUAGAUACACAGGGCUGGAGGGGGAGGGGAGAGGUAGGUAGAUACACAGGGCUGGAGGGGGGAAGGGGAGGGUAGGUAGAUACACAGGGCUGGAGGGGGAGGGGAGAGGUAGGUAGAUACACAGGGCUGGAGGGGGGAAGGGGAGGGUAGGUAGAUACACAGGGCUGGAGGGGGGAGGGGAGGGGGUAGGGUAGGGUAGGGUAGGGUAGGUAUACACAGGGCUGGAGGGGGAAGGGGAGGGUAGGUAGAUACACAGGGCUGGAGGGGGGAGAGUAGGUGAAGAGCAGAGUGUGCAACAAUGUCCACCUCAAUCCUGAGAAGGAAUUCCAGCAAGAAGAGUUUGCAGAACAUACUGAGGUAAGAAAGGAUGGGGAAUGAAUGAGUGAGAAAGUAGGGGGUAAAAACCAGGGGGUGGUAGAGGGGGGCACAGCAAGGGGCCAGAAGGCAGGUAGACCAGGGAGAGAAUAGAGCUGUGCUGUGAGUGUGAAUGAUGGAUGGAUCCAGCUGUGAAUGGUACUGAGAGGGUCAGCCUGGGCUGUGAAUGGUACUGAGAGGGUCAGCCUGGGCUGUGAAUGGUACUGAGAGGGUCAGUCUGGGCUGUGGAUGGUACUGAGAGGGUCAGUCUGGGCUGUGAAUGGUACUGAGAGGGCCAGCCUGGGCUGUGAAUGGCACUGAGAGGGUCAGCCUGGGCUGUGAAUGGCACUGAGAGGGUCAGUCUGGGCUGUGAAUGGCACUGAGAGGGUCAGCCUGGGCUGUGAAUGGUACUGAGAGGGUCAGCCUGGGCUGUGAAUGGUACUGAGAGGGUCAGCCUGGGCUGUGAAUGGCACUGAGAGGGUCAGCCUGGGCUGUGAAUGGCACUGAGAGGGUCAGCCUGGGCUGUGGAUGGCACUGAGAGGGUCAGCCUGGGCUGUGAAUGGCACUGAGAGGUUCAGCCUGGGCUGUGGAUGGCACUGAGAGGGUCAGCCUGGGCUGUGAAUGGCACUGAGAGGUUCAGCCUGGGCUGUGAAUGGCACUGAGAGGGUCAGCCUGGGCUGUGAAUGGCACUGAGAGGGUCAGCCUGGGCUGUGGAUGGCACUGAGAGGGUCAGCCUGGGCUGUGAAUGGCACUGAGAGGGUCAGCCUGGGCUGUGGAUGGCACUGAGAGGGUCAGCCUGGGCUGUGGAUGGCACUGAGAGGGUCAGCCUGGGCUGUGAAUGGCACUGAGAGGUUCAGCCUGGGCUGUGAAUGGCACUGAGAGGGUCAGCCUGGGCUGUGAAUGGCACUGAGAGGGUCAGCCUGGGCUGUGAAUGGCACUGAGAGGGUCAGCCUGGGCUGUGGAUGGCACUGAGAGGGUCAGCCUGGGCUGUGGAUGGCACUGAGAGGGUCAGCCUGGGCUGUGAAUGGCACUGAGAGGGUCAGCCUGGGCUGUGAAUGGCACUGAGAGGGUCAGCCUGGGAUGUGACUGGCACUGAGAGGGUCAGCCUGGGCUGUGAAUGGCACUGAGAGGGUCAGCCUGGGAUGUGACUGGUACGGAGAGGGACAGUCUGGGCUGUGAAUGGUACUGAGGGGGUCAGCCUGGGAAUGUGGUGUGUGGGGGGAGAGUCAGACUGGUACCCACUGAGCUAGAACAAAUCUAAGGGCAAUGUGUCUGUCUACAAAAUGGGAUUUUUUUUAUUAUUUAUAAAACGCCAACACAUUCUGCAGCGCUGUACAAUGGGGAAUAAAUUGGAGUCAGAUUGUUUGUUUAUGAUUCGCUGGUUUACUGUUACAAAUAAUGUCAGUAUCUAAUCCUUUUUACUGGAUUAGGAUUAUUUGGAACAGAUAGAACACGUUCCUAGAGCGGCUCAUUUAAUCUGGUUCAUUUCUCAGGUUGGUUAGGGGAGGAAUACAUUGUAUCUGGUUCUCUGUGAUAGCAGCUGCACCCCAACAACAGAUCAGGGGGGUCCCAACUGCUAAUCAGGCUGACCAUGCAGGAUUAACCAAGAUUUCGGUCAAUAUUUAACAAUGGGAUGAAGCACAUUGUGUUGAAGACUUGCUGGAGUCCUUCGUUUACACUGUGAGGGAUGUUACCAUUUUCUUGUGAUGGAGAUUAGUAAAGUAUUCACACCAUCCAUCAGUCAGUCUAGUUAGAGCAGGGUUUCAGACGUUCGUCUUCUAAACAUUAAAAGAAUGCCACUAAUUACUGUACGUUAUUAUUAUUAUUAUUAUUAUUAUUAUUAUUAUUAUCGCCAUUUAUAUAGUGCCAACAGAUUCCGUAGCGCUUUACAAAAUUAUGAGAGGGGGGAUUUAACUGUAAAUAGGACAAUUACAAGAAAACUUACAGGAACGAUAGGUUCAAGAGGACCCUGCUCAAAUAAGCUUACAGUCUAUAGGACCAGUUUACAGUCUAUAGGACCAGUUUACAUUAUAUAGGACGAACUCACAGUCUCCUCUAUUGGUUUUCAAAGUCCUGGUGACUGUCCCAGGGAUAUGGCUUAGGGCUCUUAGCAAUGAGAAGGGCCACUACAAGCAAUCUGCCCCCCGAGACUUUGAAACCUAUGGAAACAGACAAGAUCCCUUUUGGUACCCUAGGACUCAACAUGGCAACUAUAGAGUUAAAACAAUCCUUUAUGUUUUACUUUAUAAAGAUAUUGCAUUAAAAAUGGAAAAUAAAGUCAAAUAAAAAUAGAUAUUUCGUUAAAUAGGCAGAUGCCCAUUUAGUGAUGUGAAAGCAUAUCUUUCAUUGAGUGUAAGUGACAUCAAGAGCAGUUCCUCUAAUCCAAGGGUUCUCAACCCAGUCCUCAAGGUGUCUAAAGUGCUUCCCCCCCCCCAAAAAAAAAAAACACAUUAGACACAGCAGGGUAAUCCCUAAAUCCUGGACAGUUUGGGGGUCCUUGAGGACUGGGUUGAGAACCCCUGAGUCUAAUCUUUUCGAGGUGAGCAGAACUGCGCUGUCAGGGGCCAGCAGCCAUACUGUGAUGGCUAGUUUACCCAUAGCCAGUUACUGGUUAGUGAACCGGACUCUAUGUUCCGAUUGCCGCUUAUUCCAGAAACUUCUCAAAUGAUUUAAUAUUAUGAAAAAUAUUUUCCUAAUUUGACUUUUUUAUAUAUGAGAUUUUUUACAUUUAGAAAUAAUAAUAAAAUAAAAAAUAGUAACUUCUAUUGAACCUCCACUAAAUAAAGUAUCAGAUCGUGCACAGCCUUGUGCUCUCAUCCUGCGUGUUUAAAGGGGAAUGAUCAUGAAGAAAAUUACUUUUGAUAUAAAAAGAUUGGGGGGUUUUGUUUUGUUUUUUUAAAUGGAUUUAAAAAAAUAAAAUAAAUAUUAAAAAAACAAGAAAAAACUAUUCCUGUUACCUAGAGCCUGCUUACUUGUCUUGGGAUGCAAUCUGUACAUAUGGGUUAAUGGUGGGGUAGAUCUAAUGAGGGAAUACCAGUAACACAUUAAACGUCAUUAAAUAUCUGAACACAGGGUGAGGGGACAUAUGUCAUACUGACUGGAUUCCACACUAGUCAGCCUCCACAGGGUUGCACAAGGUGUCUGUUAGUGCACCCAUUGUGCUGCGCUGUGGAGUUCGUUGGUGCUUUAGAAAUAAUAAUAAUAAUAAUAAUAGUGUGUUGAGAUUGGUGCAGUAGUGUAUAGCAAUUUGCUGGCGCUAUAUAAAUAAUAUAAUAAUAGCACAUUGUUGGCUAACCAUUUGUGGAUUCGUUUUUCCUAAUGCAUCAUGGUAGACAGUCCAACAUUGCUGCCCAGGCACAGUGUGACAUUGUGAGUAUAAAACGCUGAGUAUUGUAAUAUUCCUAGUGCUUCGCAUGAGAAGUGAUUACGUGUCAGCUCUCCCUCUCAAGUUAUUCUUUACGCCCCUGAGAGAAGAUAAUGAAUCAUCCUUUUGUGUCUGCAGAGCAUUGACACUCAUCCUUACUCCAUCUCAUCCCCUUUCCCUUUGUAAGAUCUCCCGCAGUCAUAAUAUAGACUUCUUUUGUAACCGUAGAAACUGUGGAUGCAGAGCAUCCUGUCUUGCUAUUUGUAUCUUGUAUACUUGUAUCCCCGGUCACUGCAGACUAUUUCACCUCCCCUGUAUUCCCGGUCACUGCAGAGUAUUUCAUCUCCCCUGUAUCCCCGGUCACUGCAGAGUAUUUCAUCUCCCCUGUAUCCCCGGUCACUGCAGAGUAUUUCACCUCUCCUGUAUCCCCGGUCACUGCAGAGUAUUUCAUCUCCCCUGUAUCCCCGGUCACUGCAGAGUAUUUCACCUCCCCUGUAUCCCCGGUCACUGCAGAGUAUUUCACCUCCCCUGUAUCCCCGGUCACUGCAGAGUAUUUCACCUCCCCUGUAUCCCCGGUCACUGCAGAGUAUUUCAUCUCCCCUGUACCCCCAGUCACUGCAGUUCAUUAUUUUAAAAAGUUUAAGAUCCGACUGCACCACUAUUAUGCUUAGUCUUUUGAACUGCCAAUGCACAAUUUAUAUAAUCUUAUUUAAAUUGGUCCAUUCUUCUUUACAUACACACACACACACACACACACACUGGAUCUGUCAGCGCUCGGGAAGGGGGUCACAUGCCAGAUGGUAUUUAAUAGCCAAAUGUGGCGGUCUUCCAAGGUACCACCGCCACAGAUACCCUUUUUCCAAUAGAAAGGGCAAAUAAUUCCCACAGGCGCAAUAUCAUUGAUGUAGCAUAACCCCCCACACACGAGCCAAAACGUAAUGCUAGUAAAAGAUUGUUUUAUUGAGAAAAGAUCGACGACCACGUCCUCCUGCUAGCGUUUCGGGAGACGAGAUGGCCGCCAUCCAUUGUUCCAACCAAGAAACGGCGGCCACCCAGUGGAGAAUUCUGUUAAUUAUUUCCUUCACGGUUUUCGUGCAGGUACAUAAUGUUCCACGUUCUAAUGGGUCUCUGGGGUGGUCUCGGUUUGGGAACCAAACAAAAUAAAACUGAGACAGGAGUCCAGACGAACAAAAAUAGCCGAAAUGUGAUGGGGUAUUCCUUCACACCAAGAAUAUGUUUUUUUUAUUAUUAUUAUUAUUAUUAUUAUUAUUAUUAUUAUUAUUAUUAUACCUCAGAACACAAACAUAUUCCACAGCUCUGUACAAUGGGUAAACAAUGACACCUGCCACAGUACCUACCUACAGGAACAGUAGGUGGAGAGGGCACGGCUGGAAUAUGAGAGAGUGCAGAUGGCUGCUUUAUCCAAUGGAUAAAUGUCCAGAACCCCAUAAAGCGGCUUAGAAAUGUAUCUGAGCGUCCUGAUUUGCUGUGUCACUUCCUGGUAUAUGAAUACCACAUGUAGAUUGAUAGAGCUGUCUGUACCACAUGUACAUUGAUAGAGCUGUCUGUACCACAUGUACAUUGAUAGAGCUGUGUGUACCACAUGUACAUUGAUAGAGCUGUGUGUACCACAUGUACAUUGAUAGAGCUGUGUGUACCACAUGUACAUUGAUAGAGCUGUCUGUACCACAUGUACCUUGAUAGAGCUGUGUAUACCACAUGUACCUUGAUAGAGCUGUGUGUACCACAUAUACAUUGAUAGAACUGUCUGUACCACAUGUACAUUGAUAGAGCUGUCUGUACCACAUGUACAUUGAUAGAGCUGUCUGUACCACAUGUACAUUGAUAGAACUGUCUGUACCACAUGUACAUUGAUAGAACUGUCUGUACCACAUGUACAUUGAUAGAGCUGUCUGUACCACAUGUACAUUGAUAGAGCUGUCUGUACCGCAUGUACAUUGAUAGAGCUGUCUGUACCGCAUGUACAUUGAUAGAGCUGUCUGUACCGCAUGUACAUUGAUAGAGCUGUCUAUACCACAUGUACAUUGAUAGAGCUGUGUAGACAAGUGGACUGACCCAGUACAAGUCGUUCUGAUGGGGUCUGAUCACUAAACUCUGAAAUUAAGGCCACAAUAAUUGGACUGCAAGCAUUUUCCAAACCCAGUAUUUUUUUUUACGCUGGGUAAUUUUCCACAGUGAUAUUUACUAUUAUGUGACUGGAAAUAGUUACUAUUGGAGAUACACAAACCGAUGGGAAAAAACUCUUCAAAACAUCUGUUAAUACUGGGCGGAAAUAAUAUACUCUGUAUCCAGCUGACAUUGUGCAAUACAUGGAUACAAUGUUUAACACACAACAGUGAGGGUCAAAUACAGCUAUCUGUUACUAUACACAGCUAUCUGUCACUAUACACAGCUAUCUGUCACUAUACACAGCUAUCUAACACUAUACAGCUAUCUGUCACUAUACAGCUAUCUGUCACUAUACACAGCUAUCUAUUACUAUACAGCUAUCUGUCACUAUACACAGCUUUCUAUCACUGUACAACUAUCUGUCACUAUACACAGCUUUCUAUCACUGUACAGCUAUCUGUCACUAUACACAGUUAUCUGUAACUGUACACGGCUAUCUGUCACUAGGUGGUUGAAAGACACUGUAAUGGAGUGACAGCUACCCAAUGCCCUGGGGUUCCGUGAGAACACAAAUGGGGUUCUGCCAAAAUUUCAGGAAACAAAAUGGCUGCCACGACAAAUAGGUGGGCCCGCCGGCGAAGGAGCUGAGCAGGGGAGAGUGCUCACUCGCCGCCUACCUUAUUUAUCGCAGCAGCCAUUAUCGCAGCACACACAGCAGUGAUGCCGAAGCUGGAAUAUGACGUCACUCUGGCUCCAGCAUCACUAAGAGGCGCGCAAGGGAGCUGAGCAGGAAGAUGACUGCUCCCUCGCCGCCCGCACGCCAGCUACUCAGCCCAGCAGCCCCACUGGACCCCAGGGACUGCGCACCAGCCGCACAGUCCAGCAGCCCCACUGGACCCCAGGGACUGCACGCCAGCUGCACAGUCCAGCAGCCUCACUUCAAAAGAGACUCCAUGCCAGCACCAAAGGUAGGGAGGCUGGGUGGAGUGAAAUAAAAUAAAUAAAUAAAGUGUGUCUGUUAAGGAGUUUAUAUUUGACACAUAGAUACAUGCACACAGAUACACACUGUGUGUAAGUGUGUGUAUCUGUGUGAUAGAUUCAUACACCCUGACACACAGAUAUACAAACACAGAUACACACACUUUGACACACAGAUACAUACACACUGUGUGUCAAGGUGUGUGUAUCUGUGUGCCAGUGUGUAUCUGUGUGUCAGAUACAUACACACAGGCACAUACAAACACAGAUACACACACCUUGACACACACACACACACACACACACACAAAAAAAACAGUGCACAUUUAAAAAAAAUUUUUUUACCGGGGGAGGGGUGGGUUCCACGAUGUCAAAGACACUAUGUCAAAGGGUUCCACAGGAAAAAUUAAUUGGGAACCCCUGACCUAAUGAAUACUAAGACCAAUUUCUCUGUGAAACACCAAUACAUAUCACUUCCUUUCUGUCAGUAUGUGAUGAAAAGCAAUCUGUGUGAUUAUAAUUUACAGCUACCUGUCAGUGUAUUAUAACCAGCUACCUGUCAGUGUAUUAUAAACCCCUACCUGUCAUUGCAUGCUGCCCAACUGUUUCUCGAUAUUUCCUAAACUGAAUGCUAGUUGUUGUGAGUUGACAGAUGAGUUGUCUGAAGCCUGUUUUACCCUUUGCAUGGUUUAGUCUAACGUUUACAACACUUAUCCAGCCACAAAUAUUCUCCAUAGCGCCCAAUAGCCCUGGAUCUGGUGGGGCAGUCCUGUUUUGUGAUUCCUGUGCCACUAUCCCACAAAUGCUCUCUGUUAUUUCACAUAUUCCUAAAGUUGGCAUGGCUCUAGCAGACAGGGGAAAGAAGAUUGAAUAAAGAAAACAUAUUUGGAUUAACUAAAAAGGAAGUGAUUUAUUACUGGUAUUUAUAAAGCGCCAACAGAUUCCGCAGCGCUGUACAAUAUACACAGACAAAUACAAGAGGUAGAGUGGGCCCUGCCCGUAAGAUGAUAACUAGCCGUUGAAGCUCUUUUAUACAAAGUGCUUAGCUAGAUGGCCCGUGAGCUUACAGUCUAAAGGAUACAAUGGGGAUUUGAGACAAAAGGUAGCAGGGGAAAGUUGGAGGUGAUGGCUUCAAGGGCAGCGGCUGAUGGGGUGAAACUUUCAGUUGAUGACAUCACAGGGUGCAGUGGUGGUGUUACAAAUCCAACUCACUCCAUUGUUUAACAGGUCUGUCAUUUUGUAUAUUUUACUCUUCAUCAUAGUCCCAAUAUUUAUACUGCCCCCCAGAGGGAGUUUAUUUAUGUAAUAUGUGCAGAAUAUACACCAAGCGCUGGGACACUGUCACUCACACUCUGUAUGAUUCAUUAAGUGUUUCUGUCUGCCCCACAGACUAACCACUCAGUGGAGUGUGGAGGACGAGGAGGAAGCGGCGAGAGAGCGUCGCCGGAGGGAGCGAGAAAGGCAACAACAGACAGGAGGUGACGAGCCAUCCGAAGAAAACCUGUCUGAGGAAACCUUCACCAAUAACCAGUGAGUGUGCAACGUUUGGGUCCUCACUCAUACUCUCCAUGCUCCUCACUCACACUCUCCAUGCUCCUCACUCACUCUCUCCCCGCUCCUCACUCACUCUCUCCCCGCUCCUCACUCACUCUCUCCCCGCUCCUCACUCACACUCUCCCUGCUCCUCACUCACACUCUCCUCACUUCUCACUCUCCCCGCUCCUCACUCCUCACUCACCCUUUGCCCACUCCUCACUCCUCACUCACACUCUCCCUGCUCCUUACUCCUCACUCACCCUUUGCCCGCUCCUCACUCCUCACUCACACUCUCCCCGCUCUCACUCAUUAUAUGAACCAUAAAAAUAUAGGCUGUAGAAAUACACUUCAUGAGAUGGAGGAGACCCUAAUGAAUACUACUGAAUAUUGUUGCUCUGUUUGAUCAUUAUUAAAGAGAGAGAUUGUGAUGGACCACCUGGCACCCGAACUGGGUACCUCCAUCAAGCUUGGGACAAAGGAGUGCUUCAGCCCUUGGCCAUUGCAGCUUGACUGGGGUCUCUCCAUCACUUCCCACCCUGGAACAGGGUCCUGGGUACAGCUUCAAGUGAUUGUAGAGAGUAUAGCUGACCCACCCAAACCCUAGCCCAGACUGAGUGUAACUGCUUUAUUAUGGCCAAGUUGCCUGCUUUUAUACAAAGCCCCCAGCUGUUUCUGGGGUCUCCAAACAAUACAAUGCAAACCCCUCCCAAACGUCUACGAGCCUGGGAGAUAAUUGCAUUAAAGACUGGUAAGCUAAUUAUCUCCCAGGAACAGAAAGGUAAACAUAAAAAUACCCCAAAACAUCAUAAAAACAUAUAAUAACCCCACAUAUACAUCCCCAGACAGCCCCGAUCUGAGCGCCCAAGUUCUCAAAAAAGCACUCAGAUACAUGCAGUGUAGAGGAAACACCACCAUGUUAAAGUGCUGACCGGCCACACAUGUGGUCCUAGGCCCAAAAUAGUUCCCAGUCGUUUGGUGCUUUUUCCGGUCAACUUUCGGGAGAUCCUGCGGCCGCAAUAUGGGUGCCCCACCUGGCUCUUAGGUAGUGUUCCCUCCAAAAAGUGCCCCCACCCUGGCAGUUUGCAAAGUGGUUCCAAACCCCGGACCAAAUUGUCCGGGAACCGAUCAUGCCGAAAACUGCUCCAUAACAUUCGCGACAAAGUACUGUUGAGGUGACCGGGGACCUAAAAAGGCAUCAUGCCGUAAUUCGCUCCAUAGCGGUCGCAGGCUAAGUAUCGCUGAGGACCAUUUGUGGGUUUUGUUCAUGUGAACUGCCUCUAGAGAGCCAGCGUUUGGUUCCAUUCGCAUGAAGGGAAAGUGCUGAACCAGGGGGGGAAAGCUACUAAUGGUGGUAACUCCCGAGCGGUGUCUCUGACCUGGACCAUAGUCGGUGGGCAGGAGGCCUGGCAAACAUCCGAGGAAAAGAGCGUUUGUCACAGAUAUUAUAUAUAGAAUGCUGAUUGUAUCGAAUGAAAGACUGGUUAUUCUGAUGUUUGCCUAUCCUAAUAUAUAAGAACUAUGUGUUUGUAUUCCUGGGGCAGAGUGUCUCUCUCGGUUGGCUCCCUGUCAAUGAUUGUUAUAAACCAAGGGUGGCCAAAAGGUUGAUCUCCAGCCAUUGCAGAACUUAAACGUCUUUGUAGCUGUACCAGUCAUACGGUUAGUAAAGCAUCAUGGGAAAUGUAGGUCUCCCAUUAACGGAGAUUUAAUUCCUGGCCACCCCUGUAAUAAACUUUGUCCUUUGCACCGGUUGCCAUUUUUUGACUUUUUCUUAUAGCAUAAUAUAAUUAACAUUUAAAUAAUUAAAACAUUAAUUAGACUUUUCAUAAUAUCAGAGGGCAAAAGUCUAUUGUGAGCUUUUUCAUGGGGCAUGAUAUAAGAACUUCACGCCGUUAACACGGAACGGAGAGCCGCCAAUCUGGGCCAGAUGCGGGUAAUAAAACAGUCUAACACGUUCGUGGGACCAGGAUCACAUUAGACCGAAUUUAGAUCUACCAUAUUUUAUUCUGAUCUUCAUUCUUCUCAUGCUUGAGCGGUUCCUUCUUCAUUAACAUUCACAAAAUGAAUUCACUGCCUCAAAGUAUGUGUGUCCUCAGCACAGUUAUCUACCAUCUUCCUGGCCUUUGCUCAUUUACCAGCUGAACAUUUAUAAAACAUCACAUGUAUCAAACAUUUCUAUACUCUUAUCAUAUCCCCUCUGAGGCGCCGUUUUUCCAAACUAAACAGAUUUAAUUUUUUUCAUUACUUUGUUUUGUUAGCUUAAAUAUAAACAUUUUAUGAGGCAGUGGUAUGCAAUACAGAGCUUAUGAAAUAUGUUUCAGUAUUUUUUAUUUAUUUAUUUAUUAUUUUUUACACAGAAUAUAGAGCACAUGCUGGUGCCACAAUUUAACAAAUUAAGUGUCCCCUAAACUCCUCCUCCUCCCCCCAAGCUUCCUUUUAUAGGAUAAGGAGUGUAUAUAUUUUAUAGCAUCCAUUUAAAAUCAAUUAUAAGUGAAACUAUUAAAAUUUAAACCUUUAUUAUGUCUUUUAUUAAAAUAAGUUUGUGAUUACUCUGUUGCCUCUACCCCUAUUUGCAGUGCGUCAUUAAAACCGUCUGGUCCCUGGGAGAACGAUGAAGAUGAAGGCUUUAGUGACUGGUCUCAAAGGUUGGAGCAGAGAAAGCUGCGAGGGGCAUGUCAGGUGCCCACCAAUGAGAAUGAGGAGCCCAGGACCCUGGAGGGUGAGGAACCUCAGGGAACUAGAGAAUCAGGAGAACAAGAGAGUGAUGAUGCAAGGGUUCCAGAUCAGAGGGUGGAGGAAGAAGAGGAUGCAUCUCGUUCUGAAGUGACAGAGGUAACUUUCUGUGUACAUCCUCUAUGGCAUAUUUGGGAUCAGGAGUCCGGUUUGCCCCUAUAAUGCUGGAAGCCUAGAACACAUUGCAGUCCACACGCCUGAUAGCCAGCUGCUGGUUAAACACAAGCGAUAUGAUAAAAUGUCUGUAUAGAGAAACUCAGCCUGUGUAUUGGAAGGAGACAAUCUGUCAGAGUGAUUUACUAAAGUGAGAAUUCAAAGUGAAUUUUUAAUUUAAGUCUAGAAUAGUCAAAUUCUCAGCUGUGCUAUCAGUUCAGCUACUUUAACCUUGAAAUUAAAAUUCACUUUAAAAUUCCCACUUUGGUGAAUAACCAUGUGGUUCUCUCGAUAAAUUGCGAACAUAUCACUUAUAAAAGCAGCAUUACUACGUGUAGAAAUGAACGGACCUUAAUGUCUCUUCUAUUAAGUAAUACUACGUUUAGAUUAAAGGUGCUUGUGUACAUAUGGCCAUCACACAGUGAGAACCAAAUAAAUCUAUGGCCAAUAAUAUGCCUAAAAUCCAGGACUAGAAACCCUAGUGGAACCGGAGUUUAUUAUAUAGCAUUACAGGAUUCUAUACAGCAUUGUGCAUUCAUUUGUCAUUGAACUCUAACAUGUCAUCCAUAGAGGAUGGGUUUGCUUUUAAAUCAUGCAUAUCGAAGAUAGCAGUAGUGAUGGUAGUGUAUGAUAGUAGUGACACAGUAGCAGUAGUGAUGGUAGUGUAUGAUAGUAGUGACACAGUAGCAGUAGUGAUGGUAGUGUAUGAUAGUAGUGACACCGUAGCAGUAGUGAUGGUAGUGUAUGAUAGUAGUGACACAGUAGCAGUAUUGAUGGUAGUGUAUGAUAGUAGUGACACCGUAGCAGUAUUGAUGGUAGUGUAUGAUAGUAGUGACACAGUAGCAGUAUUGAUGGUAGUGUAUGAUAGUAGUGACACAGUAGCAGUAGUGAUGGUAGUGUAUGAUAGUAGUGACACAGUAGCAGUAGUGAUGGUAGUGUAUGAUAGUAGUGACACCGUAGCAGUAGUGAUGGUAGUGUAUGAUAGUAGUGACACAGUAGCAGUAUUGAUGGUAGUGUAUGAUAGUAGUGACACCGUAGCAGUAUUGAUGAUAGUAGUGACACAGUAGCAGUAUUGAUGGUAGUGUAUGAUAGUAGUGACACAGUAGCAGUAGUGAUGGUAGUGUAUGAUAGUAGUGACACAGUAGCAGUAGUGAUGGUAGUGUAUGAUAGUAGUGACACAGUAGCAGUAUUGAUGGUAGUGUAUGAUAGUAGUGACACCGUAGCAGUAGUGAUGGUAGUGUAUGAUAGUAGUGACACAGUAGCAGUAUUGAUGGUAGUGUAUGAUAGUAGUGACACCGUAGCAGUAGUGAUGGUAGUUUAUGAUAGUAGUGACACCGUAGCAGUAGUGAUGGUAGUUUAUGAUAGUAGUGACACAGUAGCAGUAGUGAUGGUAGUGUAUGAUAGUAGUGACACAGUAGCAGUAGUGAUGGUAGUUUAUGAUAAUAGUGACACAGUAGCAGUAGUGAUGGUAGUGUAUGAUAGUAGUGACACAGUAGCAGUAGUGAUGGUAGUUUAUGAUAAUAGUGACACAGUAGCAGUAGUGAUGGUAGUGUAUGAUAGUAGUGACACAGUAGCAGUAGUGACACCGUAGCAGUAGUGAUGGUAGUGUAUGAUAGUAGUGACACCGUAGCAGUAGUGAUGGUAGUGUAUGAUAGUAGUGACACAGUAGCAGUAGUGAUGGUAGUUUAUGAUAAUAGUGACACAGUAGCAGUAGUGAUGGUAGUGUAUGAUAGUAGUGACACAGUAGCAGUAUUGAUGGUAGUGUAUGAUAGUAGUGACACAGUAGCAGUAGUGAUGGUAGUUUAUGAUAAUAGUGACACAGUAGCAGUAGUGAUGGUAGUUUAUGAUAAUAGUGACACAGUAGCAGUAGUGAUGGUAGUUUAUGAUAGUAGUGACACAGUAGCAGUAGUGACAGCAGUUUCUGACAAUAGUGACACAGAUAAUUUUCAUAUCUUUUAACAGGUGAAUGAUGAGCCUGACCCUCGGACCUAUGAGAGCUAUAGCCCAGAGCCUUCUCCACAGGAGGUGCCGAUUUCUUCCAGCCAAUUGAGUGCAAGGUAGAGUUUCAACAACCCAAGAAUUCUCACACCAAACAGACCAUCUCCUGGAACAGAUGACCUAGAAACAUGUAUAAUUAACU